AAUUUUAGCCGCCAAUUUCAGUCAUUGUGCUCUGUACUCCCUCUGUGUGAUUCAACAGUCUGUCCUCCACAAACAACCCACAAAGAGACAAAGUGGGAUUUGUUCUUACACUUUGACAAAGAAAUCCAGCCUUUUCUUCUUCGCUGGCCUGAAAAGGGUCGAAACAACGCUUAGUAAAACAGCCCACCAAAAGAACUGACCCUUAGCGGCUGCGAAAUUCUCUCGCUGUUUAAAUCCAUCACUUACAGCAAAAGGGGGUCAUGGAAUCGCCAUUAUCGCUUGUGGGUCUUCUUCAUUUUCGUCUCUAAUGGCGUUUCUUUAAUCUUUAUUGCCUGCGAGUGGAUUAUACGUUUAGGGUUUUGAAUUUUUGGUUCUUGUAAUUGAGGAGUAGUCGGGUAUGUUCGAAUCGGCGAGCCCGACAACCCAACGGGUUCUAUCAUCAUCUUCUUCUUCGUCUACUGAUACCAGAGGAAAACAUAGGAUUCAGGCUGAAGUGAAGCGGCUCGAGCUAGAAGCAAGGUUCCUGGAGGAAGAAGUGGAACAGGUAGAAAAACUGGAGAAGGCAUCAACAAAAUGCAAAGAAAUGCUGAGCAAUAUGGACACAAGACCAGACCCACUUCUUCCACUAACCCGUGGCCCUCUUAAUCCGCUAUGGGAUCGAUGGUUCGAAGGUCUGCAAGAUUCGAAAGGUUGCCGAUGCUGGAUGCUGUGAGGCUGUUACGAUUUCUCUUUGGAUUCAUAUAGAUUGGGAGAACAUGACGACGAUGGCAACGACAACGACAACGACGAUUGUGAAUAGCUUUUCCAAACCAAUGUUGAAUUCAUUUGAACAUACUUUCCAUAAAGGUUUUCCAUUUCCCCUUUGCACAUUCUUUCUUGGGAUAUCACUAUAUAGAAAACAUUUAAGCAAAUUAUCAUCUUUAUACCCGGGAGUCUUAGGGCCAGCUCAGUUCAUUUCGAA